CUUCCCUUCCCAAGGUCCUUUCCCUGCCUCAAAGCCCUUGGCCAGGGAGGAAGACGAAGGGCAGAGGCAGGUCCAGCUCUCCUGAGCAUUUCCUGCCUGCUUGCACCAAUUUCAGCCCUGAGGGAACCUCCCAUACCUGCAGGACCAGACCAGGCUCUGUCAAGCUCCCAAAGGGCCUCUCCUGCCAGGGCCUCAGCUUCUGUUCCCAGGGUCAACACACGUCCUACCAACAGGUUUCAGGGUGAACUCCAGCCUCUGAUGAACCUUGGAAGAUGCAGGCAGUACAGUCUAAAAAAAAAUGGGUAAAGGAAAGCAAAGCAGCAGCAUUCCUCUGAAACAAGCCUGGUAAUUUUUUAGCUAAGAACCUAGAUUUAGCAGUUGAAUUUAAUCCCUUUGUCCUUAAAUGACAGAUCUGUUCCUAUACAGAAGUAGUUCCAGGCCAACUAACAGUAGGAAGCAUUUGCUGUCCCACCUCCCAUAGCCCCAGCAGAGCCAGGACAGUCAGAGAUGCCCCAUGAGCCCAGAGGCCUCUGUGCUGUGCACGGGACAGGGACAGUUAGUCCAAAUUGUAAAACUGGUUAUCUGUCUUUCCAUAAAUCAGAGCCCAGAGCUUUUAAUGGUAUUUAUUAACAGAAAGAAUGCAAUCAUUGCUUUCUUGUCACAACAGGUCUUAUUAAUCAUUAGCUACACUAAGUCUUAUAGUUUUAUCUUAAAAAUAGAACUCAGUUUGCUGACAAAACCCAUAAAGAACACUUUCCCUACAAUCUUCAUGGACAAGUUCUACAAGAAAGAACAACUAUGACAAGCUGUUAUUAUUAUUUAAAUUCUGAUAACAUUUUCAAGUUUAGAAAUAACUUCUUGGAAAAAGUUACAGAAAUAUCUGACUACCACAAGCUUAAAAGGGUGGUUUCUCACUUCUCUGCAAGACAAAGUCAUCCUAGGAAGAACUGCAGCUGAAUCCACAGGAAAUUCUCCACAGCUAGAGCCUUGACAGGUAGAUUAUGGAUUGCUGGAAGGGAGCCGUAAGCCACAGCUGGAUUUAUCCCACAGUGAUCAUCUGUGCAAAUGGAUUUUUCACCACAAUGAGGCCAUCAGAAUCUUUUCUCACCCCCUAUCUAACAGGACCAGACAAAAACCUAACAGCUGAAGAGGUUACCAACCAGAUUUUUCCAGUCUGGACAUACUCCUACCUGGCUCUCCUUUUCCCAGUGUUCCUGCUCACAGACUACGUGCGCUACAAGCCCGUCCUCCUCCUGCAGGGCCUCAGCCUCAUCGUCACGUGGCUGCUGCUGCUCUUUGCACAUGGAGUGGUGGCCAUGCAGCUGGUGGAAUUCUUCUACGGCAUGGUCACAGCCACCGAGGUGGCCUAUUACGCCUACAUCUACAGCGUGGUCAGCAGCCAACACUACCAGAGGGUCACCAGCUACUGCAGGAGCGUCACUCUGGUGGCAGCCACCGUGGCCGCCGUGCUGGGACAGCUGCUGGUGUCCUUAGCAGGCGUCUCCUACUUCCACCUCAACGCCGUCAGCUUGGCUUCCGUGUGCCUGGCGUUCGUGUGCGCGCUGUUCCUGCCCACGCCCCAGAGGAGCAUGUUCUUCCACAGGAAAGAUGGCCCUGAGCCUGUGCCAGGGCCUGGCAAAGGGCUGGCCGUGGGCACUGCCCCCAGGCCCCAGAGCUGCCAAGAGGAAAGGAGCCCUGAUGCUGCUGCCGGGGCCCCGAGCCCCCAGCCCCAGGCCGGCAGGGCCGGGCCCCGCAGGCACCUGCUGGGCGUGCUGCUGCAGCUGGGCAGGGACCUGAGGCGCUGCUACGGCUCCCGCAAGCUCCUCUGCUGGUCCCUGUGGUGGGCUCUGGCCACGGCCGGCUUCAACCAGGUGGUGAAUUAUGUGCAGGUGCUGUGGGACUUGCGAGCCCCCUCACACAGCUCCGCAGUGUACAAUGGAGCUGUGGAAGCCAUAGCAACCUUUUUGGGUUCAGCAACAUCCAUGGCAGUUGGAUAUGUCAAAGUAAACUGGGAUCUCUCUGGAGAACUGGCUUUGGGAAUUUUCUCUGCACUGGAUAGUGGUUCUCUGCUUCUUAUGCACUUCACUGACAACAUCUGGGCAUGUUAUGCUGGUUACCUUGCAUUUAAAGCUUGCUAUAUGCUUCUUAUAACAAUAGCCACGUUUCAGAUUGCGAUCAACCUCAGCGUGGAGCGUUAUGCUUUGAUGUUUGGCUUCAACAACUUUGUUGCACUGGUGAUUCAGACAAUUUUAACUGUUGUUGUAGUAGAUUCAGGAGGUCUGGGACUGGAUAUCAACACUCAGUUUCUCAUUUAUGGCAGCUACUUCGCAGUCAUAACUGGAAUUUUCCUGAUCAGAAGCGUGUACACCAUAAUUUCCAUCAAAUGCAGAAAUCCAAGUGUGGCUGCUGAAAGCACUGCCCCUUAACAACCAAGACAAAAGCAAUGGUUACAAGCAACAAUGCAGAAGGCUCCGUCAUCUGGACAAGAAAGCAAGAGAAAUAUAACAUUCAAUCAAGGAAAACUGGUCCAGGUUGAAGCAAGCUGUUUAUGAGCCUACUGCACAGAGAGCUUUGUCAACAGGAUGAUGCAUUUGCUCCAUUUUCUUCACCAAAAGUUUAAUACAAACAUUCCUCAAACAGUCUUCUAAUUCAAGUUUAGUGAUCUGACAUACAAAUUUCUAUUAAGGCUCAGUGAGCACAAGGACAUACAAAUGCCUGAACCUCACACCAGAGGAACUCACAGAACAACCCUGGACUUUGCCUUCUACUGAGUAUUUCAAUUUAAGGCAAUUUAUUCACUGACAGAAGACCAUCAGACAUGCCCAGGCAAUCUAAAGCAGUUGAACCAUACAAUGACUUGUCAGAUAAUUUGUCACAGAAGCCUUUGGAAAACUUCAAGGCUUUUUCAACUGGACAUCACAUCUGCCUUACAGAGCUCAGGAUGGUCCUGCAAGUGUAGCAUCUUCUUACACUUGUAACAGCAAAUGUUUAGGACUGAAGUCUAAUUAAGAGGUCUCCAUAUUAACUUCUGUAUAACAGGCCUAGAGUUAUCAAGUGAAGUGCUUUGAUGCUAAAACACAAAAAUACAGCUUUUAGGCAACUAUGCUAUUUGCAUGAACAAUUAAGGGAAUAACUGCAGAGAUCUCCAUGAUAAAAAACAUUUAAAAUCAGGGGUGAAAAAUUAAUUUUGUAAAUAAAGCUAUUUUAAAACCUAAACAACUAAACACCAAUGGUGCCAGUUAAUGCUCAAUGUACAGAAGACUCAAAACAACACAAGAUCUUCAGCUUAUCUGGAAUUUGACAAAACCAAAAUCCGUGAACACAGACUAAAGAGGUGUGCUUGUGUGUA